AUGGCCUGGGGGCGUCCCACAAAGCUGUCUACCGAGCCAAAAUGCGAACCGGCCCGCAACACACAGCCCAGAAGGUGCAUUCCAAGAUGGCGGAUAGUCCGCAACCCUCGUACUGCAGGGUUCCCCAGAUGGCAGAGCCAACCUGCAGACCGCACAGACCCCCGAGACAGGCCAGCAAACCACCCUAAGCAGCCACAAGCACCGGCAGGGGACCACGACAGGACAGACAAAAGGCAGGAAAGGAGAAGAAACCCCCAGGGCACCUAUGCAGCAUGGAACACGCGACCUCACACGACGAACCCGCUCAGGAGCUCCAGCCAUGAACAUCACUACAAAGCAACGGGGACGCGAGAACACAGGGGGAUACCCCAUAUAGAGACCCCCGACAGCACCUGCACAACCGCGGCCAACAUCGGAAGCACCCGAAACUAUGAGCUGCAGAAGCAGGCCCACAGGACUAACCAGGGCUCUGAGGAGAGCUUAAUAGAAAACAGCUGCCGGGUCCCCAGUGGCCCCAAGUGCCCUCUACCAAGAUUAGGUACUGGCCAACUCUGUACGCUCUCUGGACUUUACAGUGGACAUUAUAAACGUUGCUCCGACCCUGUACACAUGGACACAGAUGGUACUUAUGGACCCACAUGCGCCCUGACAUACCUGACAACCCAGCAUAAUCAGACCAUCGAGCAAUCUGCACACACAUUCCACGGCACAACUCCAGGCAAAAGUACACCACCGCAAAAACUAUAUCGCACACAAGCCUCGACAUAUACCGGCCAUAUUAAACACGUGGACCCCAGACCUGGUUAG